AGGAAGACUAACGGCUCUGAAGGGCUUAAGCCUGUUUGAAAAAGAUGUUUCCUCUAAAAGAUACUGAGAUGGGUGCCUCCACUUUCUUCGCCUCAGCUCUGCCACAUGAUGUUUGUGGAAGUAAUGGCCUUCCUCUGACACCGAACUCCAUAAAAAUUUUGGGGAGAUUUCAAAUCCUUAAAACAAUCACCCAUCCCAGGCUUUGCCAAUAUGUUGACAUUACCAGAGGUAAACAUGAAAGGCUGGUUGUGGCAGCUGAACACUGUGAAAAUAGUUUGGAAGAUUUGCUACGAGAAAGCAAGCCAGUCAGUUCUUCAAGGAUCUUAUGCAUAGCGUAUGAGGUUUUGCAAGGUUUGCAGUAUAUGAACAAACAUGGAAUGGUCCACCGAGCGCUGUCCCCUUGCAAUAUUCUUUUGGAUCAAAAGGGACAUGUGAAGUUGGCUAAAUUUGGACUCUACCAUAUGACUGCUCAAGGUGUUGAUGUUGAUUUCCCUAUAGGGUACCCUUCAUAUCUGGCACCUGAAGUAAUUGCACAGGGAAUAGUCAAAGCAAGUGAUCAUACUCAGUGUGAGAAGCCUCUGCCUUCUGGCCCUAAAUCAGAUGUGUGGUCUCUUGGCAUAAUCAUAUUUGAGCUUUGCAUGGGGAGAAAACUAUUCCAGAGUCUGGAGAUAGCAGAAAGAUUGAAAUUUAUAAUUAUGUUAGGCUGUGUAGAUGAUAUUGUAACUGUAUUGGCUGAAGAACAUGGUUGCCUUGAUAUUAUUAAGGACCUUUCUGAAAAUGUUGUAGCUCUACUGAAGAAAUGCCUUACAUUCCAACCUUCUAAGAGGCCAACUCCAGAGGAAUUGCUGCGUGAUUGUUUGUUCAGUGAAGUGUCUUCAGUAUAUCCUACCUUCCACAAACCUCCUGGUCUGUUCUCAUCUUCUCCAAGGUGUGCUAAUUUAACACUUCCUGAAGACAUAAGUCAAUUAUGUAAAGAUGAAGAUAGUGAUUAUCUAGCAGAAAGAUCAAUUGAAGAGGUUUAUUAUCUCUGGUGUUUGGCUGGAGGAGACUUGGAGAAAGAACUUGUCAACAAGGAAAUCAUUCGCUCAAAGCCACCUAUCUGCACACUUCCCAAUUUUGUAUUAGAAGAUGGUGAGAGCUUUGGACAAGGACGAGACAGAAGUUCCCUGCUAGAUGACACGACUGUGACUUUGUCUCUGUGCCAGCUCCGAAAUAGACUGAAAGAUGUUGGUGGGGAAGCAUUUUAUCCAUUGCUUGAAGAUGAUCAGUCAACUCAACCUCAUUCAAACAGUAGUAAUGAGCUGUCUGCAGCUGCUAGUCUUCCUCUGAUCAUCCGGGAGAGGGACACAGAGUACCAGCUAAAUAGAAUUGUCCUUUUUGACAGGCUGUUGAAGGCCUACCCUUAUAAGAAGAAUCAAAUUUGGAAAGAAGCCAGGGUUGACAUCCCUCCUCUUCUGAGAGGCACAACCUGGGCUGCCCUGUUGGGUGUUGAGGGUGCCAUACAAGCAAAAUAUGAUGCCAUUGAUAAAGACACGCCGAUUCCUACAGACAGACAAAUUGAAGUUGAUAUUCCUCGUUGCCAUCAGUAUGAUGAAUUGCUGUCAUCACCAGAGGGUCAUGCAAAGUUUAGACGAGUAUUGAAGGCCUGGGUUGUUUCCCAUCCUGAUUUGGUGUACUGGCAAGGUUUGGACUCUCUUUGUGCACCGUUCCUCUAUUUGAAUUUUAACAAUGAAGCUCUGGCAUAUUCCUGCAUGUCUGCUUUUAUCCCCAAGUAUUUGUAUAACUUCUUUCUGAAGGAUAAUUCUCAUGUUAUUCAAGAAUACCUGACGGUGUUUUCCCAGAUGAUUGCAUUCCAUGAUCCAGAGCUGAGUAACCACCUUAAUGAAAUUGGUUUUAUUCCAGAUCUUUAUGCCAUUCCCUGGUUUCUUACUAUGUUUACACAUGUCUUUCCUUUGCAUAAAAUUUUUCACUUGUGGGAUACGUUACUGCUUGGAAAUUCCUCCUUCCCAUUCUGCAUUGGAGUUGCAAUACUUCAACAACUGAGAGAUCGUCUUCUGGCUAAUGGAUUCAAUGAAUGCAUUCUCCUUUUUUCAGAUUUGCCAGAGAUUGAUAUUGAGCGUUGUGUUCGUGAGUCAAUCAACCUGUUUCGCUGGACCCCGAAGAGCGCUACCUACAGGCAGUACGCGCAGCCUCCCCGGCAGGCCAGUGACAGCAACUGCACCAGAAGUUCCAUGUCCUGCUUUUCAGCAGACUAUCAGGAAGCACCUCAAAGUGACCUGUCUAGGGAUGCCAUCAAGUUGGAUGACCUGAAGGCAGAGGUGUCACCACGAAUUUCAGCAGAAGAUCUGAUUGAUCUGUGUGAGUUGACAGGACCUAGUCAUUCCAAAACACCUGUAAAGAAAACAAAGCCUAGCAAGCCCAAGCUUCUGGUGGUGGACAUCCGUAACAGUGAAGACUUUAACCGUGGCCACAUUUCUGGCAGCAUCAAUGUCCCAUUUGCAUCAGCAUUUACUGCAGAAGGGGAUCUCGUCCAGUGUCCAGCGACUGCCACGCUCCAGAGCUUUAAAGGAAGAGUUGUGGUGAUUGUAGGAAAUGCAGUGAAGAACACAGCUGAAUUUGCAGCUCAUCUAGUGAAAAUCAAGUACCCAAGGGUCUGCAUCCUAGAUGGAGGAAUCAACAAGAUCAAGCCAACUGGUCUCCUCACUGUUCCUUCUCCACAAAUUUAA